GAUGCAUGGCUCGUUUCUUAUGACUGAUGCGCAUAAUUGGCCUCUGUUGCAAUUACAAAUUUGACAUUAGUUUGUGUGACAAUAUUCUGACUCGUUUAUAAACCGUUGCAGGCUUCAGAAAGGCUCGCUCGUUUGCUGAAGUCCAGAUGAACACGCUGCUUAAAUUCAGCCACCGAUGAGUUAACUCACCAAUCGACCAAAGUGAAAGUAGCGACACAGACGCGCAUUACUCAGCGUGUUCAGCUUUGAGAUGGGCGUUCAUAUGGCGACUCUUAAACCUACAGAGAGGUAACGUAAAGAGGGAGUUUCCGAAUCAUUUGGGUGGACAUUGCAUUGAAAAGCAGCGAGUUUACAACUUCAGUCUUUAUUCUUCACGCCUGCAAGCGUCAGUCAGUGUUCGUGUUUUAGGGUAAACAGUUGCAGUUGCUUAAGUGAAUCGUGCUGAUGUUUCCUGGUGAGAACUCGAGGGUCAUCGCAGCUAAAGUCUUCCUACAAACCUGAAGAACUUAGGAUUUUUCUGGAAUCCAGUGCUUAUUGUUCCAGGGCCCCAUUCCAGGAAAACUGUAGAGACUAAACAGAACCAUGGUCCCGUCCGAAUGUCGUCUCCUUAGGGGGCUAUUGGGUUUUAUUUGUUUAUUAGCAAUGUGCAUAAGUGCAUCGCCGGAUCUCUGCGUAUCUCUGAGAACAGUAAAAGACAGCUUGAACGUAACCUCAAGGAGACGUUAUAUGAAAAUGAACUUUCCUAUUAACUAUACCAUUCAAGUGCAUUACGAAGAGGUGUUCAGGUUACGCAACAUAACCCAAUUGUUGAUGGAAGAGGGUCCACCUGAGCCGAGAGAUCUAGAGGAGCUCUGGCUCCAUACAAGCAAGGAGGGUAUAAAGCGGGUUUUAAGGGUACUGCCAGAGAGACAUCCAACACGCCGCAAAUACCUCUCCAAUCUGGAGGAUCUCUUUAGGGAUUUUGAGGCACUAUAUUACCAAAAGAAUAAAAAAGAUGAGACGAGAGAACUUCCAGAGAGCAUACAAAACAUCUGGGACAAUAUGGGGGAAAAUGGAUGGAGAUCUGUUACACCAAAGUCAAUACUGGAUAACUGUUAUCGGACUAUGCUCUGCCUUUUCAAAGACUGCUUCCAAAAUGAGAACGACAAUAUUAACUAUUGUGAUCCCAACUGGAGAAAAGGGAACCAAACAACCUAGCAGCAGAUCUGAGCGGAUCUAAUCCCGUCUUCACAUUUCUUGUUGUGUUGGUGUAUAUGGGCGUUACGUGGUUAUGUAGUGACACGCAGCAAGUGUGUGUGAGCACCCCUUGUCCUAGUGAAGUCACUGACUGCCUCCACUUGUUUAGCCCAGAUGGAAAACAAGCGGCACCCUUCACAGCACUUGUUGGAAGACUCUCUAUUGACCCCGCAGCUAUUGCUCUCCAUAACUCAAAAAUAUACCUCCAAACCUUCGUCCAUCAACCAACCCACCCACCCACCCGCAAAGUAUGUGUUUGCGUACUUACGCAGUAUUUUGCAAAUAUGUGACCAUGUAUGCACUGCGUGUGUGAUCCACGGAGGACAAAAGCUUUGGCUCUUUGCUGUAGCAUUUUCUAUUGGUCAUUUCAAAGUCAUUGCCACUGUGACUUAUUUUGUUAAGGGAAAUAAAUCUGGCGUUUUUGAUGUAUGCCAAUCCAGUAUGAUGUCCUUAUCACAUAGACAUGUUGAAUUUGUAAGACGUGUAAAUAAUGUUCUUUUGUACGUGUAUCAUUUGCAUGCAAAUGCUGUGCUGACUGCUGGCUUAGUCUGCACUGAAGCUUUUUCUCAGAGGCUCUUUUGUGCUUUACUGCUGGUUCAAUGUUGAGAGAUUGUGCCAAAAUGUCCUAUAUAAAGCUUUUAAAGUGACUGAGUGUGUUUGAAAGCAGAUUUCAUAUGUUUUAUACACAGAUUUUAAUCUAGGUUAUUUAUUUGGAUUCCUGCCACAGAAUGUUCUGGUAACUGUUGUAACAUGGCUCGAAAAAUAAAUCCCUCACUAUCA